AUGCACACCUCUGCCAUUGAGCGUCGCGCUGUCAUUCGGCGGGAUAUGGAGCGACAAUCGGGAUCGGGUCGUCGGCGUCGUUACUUCGCCGAGCGGUCUCGGGAUAUGCUCGUCAAUGGCCGGGCUCCGUUGUCGGCGGGACAGGAUGAUGGAAUAAACCACAUUCAACGUCAGCAAGGGCAUAGGGCUGUGUCAAUAUCGAGAGGUGCGAGGAAAGUCAGUGAGCUCGACCAAGCUGUCAGCUAUGCCGUGUGGCAUCCGAGGAAGAUUUCUGGAGGGCCGUCUUUGGCCCUAGAGCGCCGUACACCCCGCGAUGAGCUUGAGAUGGAGCGCUCCGAGCGACAUUGA